AAAUCAAGUAAUACCUUUUUUUUUUAUUUGUAUUUUUUUUUUUUUUUUUUAAUUUUCUAUAAAAUUAAAAGUUCAUUUUAUUUUUAUUUAUCUUUUUUAUAUAUAUACAUGUAUUGUAUUCUUUAGAGGUUAAAAAGAAGAGGGAAAAGGGUGAUAUCAGCUAAAAAAAAAAAAUGACACUAGUAAAUAUUAAACCACUUUAUAUAUCAUCAUCGGUACAAGAGUUGGUCGAAAAACAUUGUAGCAUAGGAGAUAUUGAUAAACACUAUAGUUUAUUUAAUUAUCUAUCAACAUCUAAUAAUUUGUAUAAACAAGCAGCUCAAUAUAAAUCCGAGGGUGAUCUUGAAAAGUCCUAUAUUUACUCUAUCAGAUUUUGUAGUUUAUUACUAGAGAAAUUACCAAAACACCCAGAAUAUACCAAAGAUGUUAAUAAAAAGUCAAUAAAUGAUUUAAAAUCAAAAGCAAACCAAAUAUUAUCAGAAUUAGAAUCAGUAAAAUCAGUAUUAGAUAAAGGUUAUAUUCUAAAAGUAAAAGAAGAGGAAAGACAAAAGGAAUUAGAAAGAAUAAAGCAAGAAAAGAUUAGGAAAAUUGAAGAGGAAAAUAAGAGAAAGCUCGAAGAAGAAAAAAAAAGAAAAGAAGAGGAGCAAAGAUUAAGAGAAAUCGAAGAUGAAUUAAACCAAAGUAUAAAAAUUGAUGCUGAGAAAAAGAAAAAAAAUAAAGACUUUAUAAUAGACCCAUCAUUUGUUCCUCCUCCAGAAAAAGAAAAACCACAACCUAAAUUACCACCAAUAUCAUUAGUUGAAAUUCCACAAGAUUUUGCAACACCAGCAACACCAGCAACAUCAACACCAGCCAACAAUAUUGUUAAAAAACCAAAUAUUGAUUCAGAUGAAGCAUCCAAAAAAUAUUCAAAAUUAAGAACAAUUAAUGUAGAUUUCAAAAUGUUUGAAGAUUUUAUGAGAUUAUCAGAAAACAAUACAAGUAGAAAAAUUGAAACAUGUGGAAUUCUUUCAGGUACACUUUCUAAUGAUGUAUUUACAAUCACAACCAUUAUUAUCCCCAAACAAGAGGGUACAACAGAUACAUGCAACACUAUUGAAGAACAUGAAAUAUUUGAAUAUCAAUUGGAACAUGACCUUUUAACAUUAGGUUGGGUACAUACACAUCCAACACAAGAAUGUUUCUUAUCAGCUGUUGACCUUCAUACUCAUUGUUCAUAUCAAUAUUUACUCCAAGAGGCCAUUGCUGUUGUUAUUGCCCCAAGAUCCAAUCCUAAUUUUGGUAUUUUCCGUUUAACCGAUCCACCAGGUUUAGAAACUAUUCAAAAAUGUAAAUUAAAAUCAUUCCAUCCCCAUCCACCAGUUAAUGGUGUGCCAGUAUAUACAAGUUGCAACCAUGUUAAAGUUUCAAGUGGCAAGUUUAAUGGAAAGGUUAUAGAUUUACGAAAUAAAAAAUAAUAAUAAUAAUAUCAGUAUUUUAUAAAAUAAUAUUUAUAAAACAAAUAUAAUAAUAAUAAAUUAUAAUAUAUAUUAAUAAAUAUAUAUUAAUAUGUGUAUAUGAAAACACUAUAGAGCUUU